AUGGUGAGCUUGUACGCUCUGCCGCUGGUCUUUCUCAUCGCUCUCGCCUUAGAUGAAAUUGACGAAGACGACGACAAUGCUCAUGCAUUCGAGAUUGAUGAUGCAAAAAUUGACGACGUCAAGAAGCGGUGGAAUGAGUUGGAAUAUCCAAUGCUUGAGGAGUAUGACUUCAGGAAUGACACAGUCAAUGCGAAUCUGGACAUUGACCUUAAACCGGCGACCGUCAUUCGCCCAUAUCAAGAGACGAGCUUGAGCAAGAUGUUCGGAAAUGGCGUGUCUCGCCAAAUCGCCGUUUUUACAGCAGACCAGAUAGAGAGAUUCGCUAGAGAGAGUGGUAUCGUCGUAUCGACGUAUUCCAUGGUGGCAAACACGCACAAUAGUUGUCGCGCAGACGGGACUGUCAGACAUAACCCCACCCACAUAAUUAAGAUGGCCCCACGCAGCAAAUAUUCUGCUGAGCAGCUCGCAUUCAUGCAAACCUACCGGGAGCAAUUUCUCCAGUUCUUCAAGGACAUUCCUCUUGAUCAGCCUUUGACCCCGGAACAAUCAAUAAUUGAAGCGGAAGCGUGGAAUUUACGAAAACAGACAAUCCAAGACUUACAUGCCAUAAAGCGCUUGUUAGAGAAAUUUCGUAAUGACUACAGUGGUUCAAAGGCUGGUCGAGUUGCAAACUCCGCGAACACUGGAGCUAUCAACAAGAUGCUAGGUCGCAUCUUGAAGAAAGGAUCUGGCAAAAAGACCUCCCGUGUAUUAAAGCCAUGGGAGAUGUAUUCGAAAACUCACUACACAGCUAAGGUCAAGGAUGGAGUCAUGGCAGAACACUCUUCUCAGCCAGUCGGGAAAUCAUCUAUCCAUCUCAUCAUGCAACGCACUAAGAAAGCCUUCGAGGAAGAAUCAGAGGAAGUUAGAGCGGCAGUUUUUGCAGCUGUGGAGGCAAUGAAGGAGAAAAAGUGUGCCGAAAUAGAGGAGGUAAAGGAACAGAGUGACACUGUGAGCAAGGACAUCUAUGUAUCCAAAAUCGCUUUAAUUCUCUCUCAGUUCUUCGAAGAGCUACAUGAGAUGACGGAUUGGGUAUUCACUGUUCUGAUGGGUGGUCCGGACCCUGCCAUGGGAGGCGCUUUGGACAUUAGCAGCUUCCAUGUUGGUACAACAAAAAUUGGCAAUCGGUUCAGCCAAACAUAUCCCGACUUUACAAAGGGUGUUAUGGUUCCUUAUACUCAAUUUGUAGAGCGCGUUUUUCCCAAAGCAGCGGUGGUUGCCAGGGCACAAGGUUCACUACCAUCCACUCCAUCUUCUUCAGAGCCACCAAGGACCACAGCUAUGACCCCAUCACGCACUAAUCCUGAAACUAUAGGCGCUGAUACAUCACCUAUGUUUUCCUGGCCAUCUGCCACUGCAUUAUCUGCUCCGCAAUCAGAUGCUCCUACAGCUAUUAUUCCUGAUAUACCACCCGUCUUUUCUGGGCUCACACCAGUGCCUACACUCAAUACAGCCAGCCAAGUACCAUUAUUCAACCACAAUUUUAUGUUCAACCCUAACGAUAAUCAUCCGGCUGCGGUGCCUGAGGCUCCCGAUCACUCUAUGUAUGACGUCAACUUCUUCUCCAACUUUCCCCCCAACCCGGUUGACACAGAUGAGGACAUGGAGUUAAUGCGACCCUUACUUCCCAUGCCGCCUCAAUCUCCCAAUACAAUGUCUGCUUCGCCAUCCUUGCUCCAGUUCCUUCAAGAUCCAACUUUGGAACCACACCUUGAGCAAGACCUUGCAUUGCGCCAUAGUUUGUCAUCGCCUCCUCGUAUCUGCUACCAAUUCCAGAAUCUGGAUGGGAUGACCACUGGCCAUGAGGAUGUCUCAAUGGGGGCCACUCGUCUUCCAUCAUCAGCUUCUGUCCAUGCACAAACUGCACCAUUUCCCGCCCUUCCUUUGGUUCCUUCCCUGUCAGUUUCAGUUCCUGAACAGACUGCACCACUUCCCGCUCUUUCCCCAGCAUCAGUCUCUGUUGUUCCCCCCCAGCAGACUCCUUUAUGUCUUCCCACCCAAGCUCAACAGGCCACAGCUCUUGAAGGGCCAUCCAACAUUGCGAAUCCUCUCGAACAACCACAUAGGCCGUCAAAACGUCAAAAGACAAAGUAUGCUGUGACCGAGGGAGAUGGCAGACUGCCACCCAUUGAAAACGGCCCAGAGUUGGAGGGAGGUUGUGGGAAACGCCAGUGGUUCCAGUCAAAACGUGCAGCAGCAGCCAACAAUAUCAGUCAAACUCAGGCUUCACGCAAAGGAAAGUCCGCACGUCACUUUUGGGACGUGGUUGGAGACUCAGAGGUGGUGUAA